CAUUCGGACGCGUGAUCUGGACGCGAGAUUUGGCUCCGCAUCACCCAACUCGCCAAAGUAGUACACAGCCCAUUUAAGUAUGGAGCUUGAUCGGUAGAGAAAUCACAUGGGGGAACGGUGUAGUACAGAAAUACCGUCGCGCAUCGCCGAGAGUUAAAAUUGAUUAGAGAUUUGGGGAUUUGAAUGCAAGUUAGCAAGAGACAGCGGUUUCACCAGCCAAGGGACUUGAGUGUAAAAAUUCUAACUGCGAGUAAAAAAAGGAUCGAUAACUUGAAAGCUAAGCAGUCGUUACCAAUUUCAUCGACGAUUGCGGAGUAAACAAAGCGCGGGUCUCUCUCACUCACUCUCUUUCUCACUGCGCUGAGGAAACUUGGAUAUCAAUCUAAAGGAGGUGUGGCGAACAGCGCACAAUACAACACACGCUCGUCAGUGUAUUAUAUUCACUAGCUCGCAACAGCAUGGAGGAGUUAGGUGUUAAAGAUGUCCUCUGCGUCGCUGUUAAACCUAUUCCUAUACCAACGAGCUUUAAGAGACCUUCGGCGUUCACGAUAGACGCAAUCAUGGGUAACAAUAACAGUAACAGUAGCAGUAGUGACAGUGAGGAGCACAAGGACGAUGACAUGGCCAUGGUUGAUGAUGACGAGGAUGAUGACAACGCUAACAUUGAUGUAUGCUCCAUUUCGUCACUCGAGAGACUUGCCCACAAUGCAAACGGCUUCACCACAAGUUCGUCAGCGGAGCUAACAAAAGCCGACACCAGCCCAUCUAAGUCCGACAGCGCCUUCAAAACAGUGGUGAGCACAGAGAAAACUGGGAAGUCACGGAACGCACCGGACAGUAAGUCCACUAAGCCACUGGUCAGCGGGAGUGAGACGCUGGCCGGAGUGCACUGUCGUCUGGAAACGAAAGAUUUGUGGGCGAAAUUUCACGAACUGGGGACAGAGAUGAUCAUUACUAAAUCUGGAAGGCGUAUGUUUCCUACCCUACGAGUGUCGUUCAGCGGGCUGGAGUCAGAUGCUAAGUACGCCGUCCUCAUGGAUGUUACACCAGUUGACGGCAAACGCUACCGUUACGCUUAUCAUCGCUCCUCGUGGUUGGUAGCGGGGAAGGCUGACCCUCCUCUUCCAUCUCGGCUCCAUAUUCACCCGGACUCCACGUUCUCCGGGGAGCAGUUACACAAACAGACCGUGUCCUUCGAGAAAGUCAAACUGACCAAUAACAUGAUGGACAAAACUGGACAUAUCGUGCUGAAUUCUAUGCACAAGUACCAGCCCCGGAUCCACCUAGUAAAGCUAGCAGAUACCACGCCAACCAACAUUACAAGUCUGGACCACGAGGAACACAGGACAUUCGUCUUCCCGGAAACUAUGUUUAUCGCAGUGACGGCUUACCAGAACCAACUGAUAACAAAGCUCAAGAUAGAAAGCAACCCCUUUGCCAAAGGUUUUCGCGACUCUUCAAGACUGACUGAUCUAGAGAGUUUUCCAGAUUCCUCCGAAUGUCACAGCAUAUUUCACUUGGCUCGACACAUUACUUCAGGACACCAACAAGACGGUAUGGAAAAUAUGAUACAGAAUCACACGUACGCACGAUCGCCCCUCAGAGCAUACACAGAGACAGAGUUUGAGAAUGCUUACCGAACGGCUGAGAGAGUAGGACAAUUACCUUCUCCAGCAGACGCACUAUCCAAGGGGCUCCCCGUGACGUCAGCGCCAAAUGCGAUGUACUUAACAGAUUUAUAUCCAAAACUGUGGGGAAACUUCUUAGGACUACGGCUGCCAUCGGCUCAGUUUGGGACAGCAGCAAUGUACUCGCCUCAGCUAGCGGCGGCUGCAGCGUCCUCUGCUGGACUAGCUGGACUGAGUGACCCCUGGACAUUAUUUUAUCAUAGCUACAGAACAUGCUUUCCGGCACUAUAUCCGGGCACUUCGCCGGCUGACGAUAGGACGCGCGCUCACGUGGCACAUACAAUGCGCUACAGACCUUACAUGAUGCCACGCCAAAACAUCAGAGAACACUCGCCAAAACAUUCCGGCCUUCAAGGCAGCAACGAAACUGAUUCUCAGGCCAAAGAUGAUUAGAGCAUUCAGUCACGUCUAUAUACCUGUAACUACUACCAAUAAGUAAGACGGUCAGGGAGUUAGUGUGUGUGUGAGAGAGAAAGAGCAUGAGAGAUAUAUUGGCUGAUCUGUUAGUGGAAUAAAUUUGAGCUUCAUUUAGGUGCAGGACGCCUAAUAUCUGAAUGGUAAAAGUUUAGACUUGAUGUCGCAGCCUUUACAUGGAUAUUUUCCGUCUAUGGGACAGAUCAGCCUAUUUGCUUCAUUGGCGAUAUAUCCCUAUGUAAGGGCGAAGUGCUGAACCACUUUAGACUGAAUAAUAUCAAACCAAAAAGAAACAAAAAGCAUAUAAUCUCAAACCAAAAACAACAUCAGAACCCGCUGUGAUGUUCAUUUUCAUUUUCCUUGGCAUCAAUUAUCACGCCAUCAACGUCGCAGGUGCCCACUAGGAAAUUGCCCAUAUUUUCAAGUAGCAUUGAUUUAAUAUUCAACAACCCGUAUGUUCAGAACUAUCAGGGGGCGUGCUCUAAUUAGAGCAAUUAAUAUUGUAAAAAUUCAAGAUUAACAAAGACAAUUUUGCCUGAAACGUGUUCGUUGUAAUGUGUUUGCUUUUAAUCUUUGAAAUAUGUUAUUACUGUAUUUCAUCGAUAUAUUUUGACUGUAUUUUCUGGAACCCGUUCGUGUCUAUUUUUUGAUAUGAAGAAAAUUGUUACUUCUAUGUUAUAUGUCUACUGUCUUCCUUUGAAAUCUGGUUACUCUUUCUCCAUUUCUUCAUUUUCUAUUUGAAUCCAAGUCCAUCUAUUGAUAGCGUCUGCUGGUUAAGUUGAAUGAAAUAAGGCAUAAGUCAUAUUGUCAUUUGGCCAUCUGUUUUUGUAUUGAUGCAUAUUACAAAAUUGGCGUAUAAAACGGUAUCUGCAUAAAAUCUGUUGGUAUGAAAUAGUUGUAGAGAAGACAGAGAGCUGCUGACAGUGUCACACGUAGUUAUAUAAAGAUAUAUGAUGAAGUAUUGAAAAUGUAGGGCAGUUUUGUUUGAUAAAAUCCCAUGUUUCUAAAAUUGGCACCCCAAACGUUUUGUUUACAUGUAUAUAAUGCUAGAGUAAAAAACGGUGUUCUUAUAAAAAGGUGCCAAAAUAUCGAUGUAUAUUUUAUCUUCUUUUAUUUGUUUCAUACAUGUAUAUAACGUAAUCUAGUAAAUGUUUCUGGAAUAUGGCUGGUGUAUUCUUCAGCAUAACAUGAAUUCAGCUGUGCAGCAUCAUUGUCAAACCUUAAAACGACAUAAAUUUAGCAGAAGUGUUAAUGUACUUUUGUCCUUUGGAUACAGCAUGAUUGCGAGCACAUGUGGGAGAUACAUAUGUAUCUUAACCUAUGAGUACGUCUGCUGCUCAACGACCAACUUGUAUUAAAACGAAUUGGGUUAUAUUAAUCAAUGAAAACGCCGGUGAGUGUUGGUUAAAUCAAAGUUAAUUUUAGGAGAUCAGGCUCAUAUGUUUAUUGAUGAGCAAAAUAUGUUGCAUACAAGUUUAAGAGACAAGUUGGGUUAAAAUAUACGAAUGUGAAAUUA